UUCGGCCGGAAUUAAACCUGCAGGGCUCAUUCGGUGUCUAAAGCUGCCCGCCAGUACCUGCAUCCCUGCUUUGAUUUAGUGGAUCCUCUAUCCUUCCGAGGCUUGAACCCUGCAGUCCCCUCACCUGGUGAUGGAGCUUUCAAGUUCUCCCAGAGAGGAAUGUCCCCGGCCCCUGGGCAGGGUAGGCAUCAUGGCUGCUAGCCUCACGGGAUUUCUUCUACUUCAGGCAAUAUCGUGGGCAUCAGGUGCCCGGCCCUGCAGCCCUAAAAGCUUUGGCUACAGCUCAGCGGUCUGUGUCUGCAAUGCCACGUACUGUGACUCUCUCGAGCCCCUGACCCUGCCUGCCCCCGGCACCUUCAGCCGGUAUGAGAGCACGCGCAGCGGGCGCCGAAUGGAGCAGAGCCUGGGGACCAUCCGGGCCAACCGCACAGGCACAGGGCUGCUGCUGACCCUGCAGCCAGGCCAGACGUUCCAGAAAGUGAAGGGCUUUGGAGGGGCCAUGACAGAUGCAGCCGCUCUCAACAUCCUCGCCCUGUCACCCCCUACCCGGGAUUUGCUACUCAAAUCCUAUUUCUCUGAAGAAGGGAUCGAAUACAACAUCAUCCGGGUCCCCAUGGCCAGCUGUGACUUCUCCAUCCGCACCUACACAUAUGAUGACACUCCUGACGACUUCCAGCUACGUGGCUUCAGCCUCCCUGAGGAGGACGUCAAGCUCAAGAUACCCCUGAUUCACCAAGCCCUGAAGCUGGCCCGGCGCCCCGUGUCACUGUUCGCCAGUCCCUGGACGUCACCCACGUGGAUGAAGACCAACGGGGCCGUGAAUGGGAAGGGGUCACUCAAGGGUCGGCCUGGGGAUCUCUACCACCAGACCUGGGCCAGAUACUUUGUGAAGUUCCUGGAUGCCUAUGCAGAGCACAAGUUACGGUUCUGGGCAGUGACGGCAGAGAACGAGCCCUCUGCAGGGCUGCUCAGUGGGUACCCCUUCCAAUGCCUGGGCUUCACCCCUGAACACCAGCGAGACUUCAUCGCCCGGGACCUGGGUCCUGCCCUUGCCAACAGUACGCACCGCGACAUCCGUCUGCUCAUCCUGGAUGACCAACGCUUGCUGCUGCCUCACUGGGCCCAGGUGGUGCUGGCGGACCCGGAUGCAGCUAAGUACGUCCAUGGCAUUGCUGUACACUGGUACCUGGACUUUCUGGCUCCAGCCAAAGCCACCCUGGGGGAGACACACCGCCUGUUCCCCAACACCAUGCUCUUUGCCUCUGAAGCCUGUGUGGGCUCCAAGUUCUGGGAGCAGAGUGUGCGCCUAGGCUCCUGGGACCGAGGGGUGCAAUACAGCCACAGCGUCAUCACGAACCUCCUCUACCAUGUGGCCGGCUGGACCGACUGGAACCUCGCCCUGAACCUGGAAGGGGGGCCCAACUGGGUGCGCAACUUUGUGGACAGCCCCAUCAUCGUCGACAUCACCAAAGACACGUUUUACAAACAGCCCAUGUUCUAUCACCUCGGCCACUUCAGCAAGUUCAUUCCGGAGGGCUCCCAGAGAGUGGGGCUGCUGGCCAGCACGAAGAGCGGCUUGGACGCUGUGGCCCUGACACGUCCCGACGGCUCUGCGGUCGUGGUGGUGCUGAACCGCUCCCCCAAGGACGUGCCUCUCACCAUCGAGGACCCUGGCGUGGGCUUCGUGGAGACGCUGUCCCCGGGCUACUCCAUCCACACCUACCUGUGGCGCCGCCAGUGACGGCCUGGGCUCGGCGUGGGCAUUAAAGGGACAGAGUCGGCUCACAUGCUGUGUGUGGCUGAGGAGGCUCUAGGAGGGCCGGGGUGAGCAUAGGUGACGUAAGCCCGGGAGCAGUGGUUCGGGUGACUCACUCUCCCCCUGGCUGGUGCCGGGGGCUGGAGGCCCCU